UCGCUAAACUACCGAACCAGUUCGGUUCUGGAGAACCAGUGGAGCUACUAUCCGUCAUGGUGUUCUGGGUUCUGUCUGCUGGAGGCUUCUGUUGGUGAAAAAAGUUAUCAAAUUAACGGGUCCGGCCGAGGGCUCCACAGAUGUGGCCCCUACCUGCACUGGGUCUGCGCUUCAUGAAGGACGCCGCCGCCGCUGUGACCGAGCGCCUGUGGGUCGGCCUGGAGGGAUGACAAGACGUUAGCAGACAUGGAGACAGGAGAGACGCGCCGCCAGCCGGAAACGCCACAUCUGCACAGCGCUCUGCUUUAGACCCCCUCAGGAACACGGCCGCUAUUUUUCUAAGAUUUUCUACCCAGAGCUGAUUUUUGAUAGAAACCCGAAGCCAUACUGGAGCAGAUCAGGAUGGGCUCAGAGGGCUUUCAGUACCGCGCGCUCUACGACUACAAGAAGGAGAGGGAGGAGGACAUCGACCUGCACGUCGGGGACAUGCUGCUCGUCACCAAAGGAGCGCUGCUGGCGCUCGGCUGCAGCAACGGAGACGAGGAGCGGCCCGCCGAGAUCGGCUGGCUGCCGGGCUUCAACGAGACCACACAGGAGAAAGGAGACUUCCCCGGGACGUACGUGGAGUUCAUCGGCAGGAAGAAGAUGUCCCCGCCCACGCCCAAGCCCCGCCCACCCAGACCGCCGUCAGCGGCGUCUGUGAGGACCGACUCGGAGUCGGAGGGCUUCGUGCUACCGGACCUCCCUGAGCAGUUCGGACCUCCGGACACAGCCCCGCCUCUCCUCGGCAGACUGAUGGAGCUCAUAGAAACCAAAGGAUUCGACAGUCCGGUUCUGUACCGCAGCAUGAGCGGAGGGGUUCUGGACUCCCGGCAGCUGGCCGACACCGACCUGGAGCAGCUGGACGUGCCGUCUCUGUGUGACGGGGUGGUCCGGUUCCUGCUGGACCUUCCCGGACCCGUCCUGCCCCCCUCACUGCAGGCCGACAUGAGCGAAGCGGUCCAAGAUGUCCAGGACCCGGAGGAGUGUGCUCAGGUGCUGCGGGGCAUGGCCGGUUCCCCCGCCUGCCCGCCGCAGCACGGCCUGACGCUGCUCAGCGUGGUCCGCCACCUGGCCCGGCUCUGUCUGCACGGUACCAGGAACCAGCUGAGCCCCGGCGUCCUGGCCCAGAACUUCAGCCCGCUGCUGUUCCGGCAGCCCGCCGGGUCGGAUUCUGCUCUGGAUCCCCUGGUCCAGGUUCUGGAGGUUCUGAUAACCAGCGAGCUCAACAUGAACCAAGCUGCACCAGCUUUGCCUCCCAAACCUGCCAAGCCUGCGGCUCCUGCUGCCUUCAGGUACCUGGGCAACGUGUCUCUGCAGGACGCCGAGUGGUACUGGGGGGACAUCUCCAGGGAGGAGGUCAACGAGAAGCUGAGGGACACGGCCGACGGUACCUUCCUGGUGCGGGACGCCUCCACCAAGAUGCACGGAGAUUACACGCUGACGCUCAGGAAAGGAGGCAACAACAAGCUCAUCAAGAUCUUCCACCGUGAGGGGAAGUUCGGCUUCUCCGACCCGCUGACCUUCGGCUCGGUGGUGGAGCUCAUCAACCACUACAGACACGAGUCUCUGGCUCAGUACAACCCCAAGCUGGACGUCAAGCUGCUCUACCCGGUCUCCAAGCACCAGCAGGAUCAGGUGGUGAAGGAGGACAGCGUUGAGGCCGUGGGCAAGAAGCUGCACGAGUACCACCUGCAGUACCAGGAGAAGAACCGCGAGUACGACCGGCUGUACGAGGAGUACACCAGAACCUCCCAGGAGAUCCAGAUGAAGCGGACGGCCAUCGAGGCGUUCAACGAGACCAUCAAGAUCUUCGAGGAGCAGUGCCAGACCCAGGAGCGCUUCAGCAAGGAGUACGUGGAGAAGUUCCGCCGGGAGGGCAACGACAAGGAGAUCCAGAGGAUCAUGGAGAACUACGACAAGCUGAAGUCCCGGAUCAGCGAGAUCGUGGACAGCAAGCGGCACCUGGAGGUGGACCUGAAGAAGCAGGCCGACGACAACCGGGAGAUCGACAAGAAGAUGAACAGCAUCAAGCCCGACCUGAUCCAGCUGCGCAAGACCCGGGACCAGUACCUGAUGUGGCUGACCCAGAAAGGAGUCCGGCAGCGCAAACUGAACGAGUGGCUGGGCCUGAAGAACGAAACCACGGAGGACGAGUACAGCAUGGUGGAGGAUGAGGAGGACCUUCCUCACCACGACGAGCGGCUGUGGCGUCUGGGGAACAUCAACCGGAACCAGGCGGAGGCCAUGCUGCGCGGCAAGCGGGACGGAACCUUCCUGAUCCGGGACAGCAGCAAACCGGGCUGCUACGCCUGCUCCGUGGUGGUGGAAGGCGAGGUGAAGCACUGCGUCAUCAACAAGACCAGCACCGGGUUCGGGUUCGCCGAGCCCUACAACCUGUACGGGUCGCUGCGGGAGCUGGUUCUGCACUACCAGCACACCUCGCUGGUCCAGCACAACGACUCGCUCAACGUCACGCUGGCCUUCCCCAUCUACAGCCUGCAGCGCCGGUGACCGGGCCGCCCAGAACCGGAACCGCCUUCCCAGCUCAGCGCGUCCAAAGUGUUUUACUGUGAAAGCUUCCACUUCCUGUCUGGAUGAAGGAACCAGAACCAGAGACCAGAACCUCUCUCUGCUGGCCGGAUCACAUGGCAACGUUGGAUUUGGUGGUUCUGAGGUUCUCCUCGCCGCAGCGCCUCAAAUCGGACCUUUUUACGCAGUUUGGUCCCGGUUCUACAAACAGGAUGUUACCAGCCUGUCAGAACCAUCAGAGGUUCUGAGAAAAUAAAUGUAACCAAAUCUAAUAAAAAAACAAACAGUAAGACUUAAAAUGAUCAAUACACUGCUCCGGUUCUGAUCCGGUUCUGUUGUGAGCAGUUACCGGGGCGCAUCACUGCUAGAACCAGAACUCCUCCGGUUCCGGGUCUUCAUGGGUCUCUGGUUCCUUUACUUAACCUCUGACACAUGACGACACCUGCGGUUCCGACCCGAAACGCUUCACCUGACCCGCUUCCCCACGGGUUCCUGUCAGUAGAGGCGAAGCGGGUUCUAAGUCCAAACGUGUCCCAUGUGAUCCGGCCUGCGGAGAAUCCCGGUUCUGAUCCGGAAACCUUCCCCUCCGCCUCAUGAAUCCAGACCAGGACGUGUUGGAUCAGCAGAACCUUACAGCUUAGACGAUGUCAGACGAGAGGACGGGCCGUCCAGAACUUUAACAGAACACUGUGAGCGCUUCAGAACGAGGUUCUGUGGUCCGGAACCAAAGUGGGAGAAAUCAGGGAACCAAGCGGCGGAACCUCUGGAACUCGUGUUCGGACUCUCAGGCCGAGUCCAGAGGAUUUUCAGACUUUUCUUUUUCAGAGGAGAACCAGGUACCGAAGCCUCCGGCGGGUCGGCGCCGGCCCGUCAGAACUUCAUGUUCCCAGGAUGAUGGCUGCAGUUCUGCCCCUCUGAGGAUUAAACUGUGAACAGAACCAGCAGAUCUUCAGCUUAAGGCGUUACAUCCCAUAAUGAGCUGUAGGAACCGGGUCGGCAGCGUGUUCUGGACCGCUGGCCCACGUUUAGUGAGGCGUGGUGCCGCCGCAGGGAAACCCGACCCUCCAGAACUUCCUAACGCCGUCGUUCCGGUUCUUUUUCUGGAGUUCAGUUCACGUCUCCAUGAUUCCAGCAGGAGAGAUCGGGCGGUUCUGUUCUGACCCGAUCCGCUCAGCAUCUUUUUGUUCCAGGAUCAAGUCAAAUCUGGCAGCUGUUUUUUUUUUUUUUUUUUUUUUUUUUUAGAGAAAAUGAAAAAAAAAAUGAAAAAAGAGGACGACGCUGAUAAUGAAGGUCCACUGGACCGGUCAGAACCAGGCAGAAUCUGGACUAAUAGCAAAAGAUUGACAUGAAAAGUCUUGUUUGCGUUUGUUCUUGUAUCAUGUAGCACCUCUGUCUCAUAUUUAUUCUGUUUAUGUCCAAUAAUCUCCUACAUUUCUAUUCAUGUCUCCUAUUUCAGUUUUUCCUUUGAGGCAAACAGAACCAGUGUUGUAACAGAUGUUGGACCGGUUCUGGUUGAGUUGAUCAUUGUUUCAGGACGGUCCUCCUGUCAACGCUGGACUUUCUGUUUCAGAAAUUCGCUUUCUUUCCUCCGUUUUCCUCGUUAACGUUCUCACCAAUAAAGCAGCAGAACUCUC